AUGGCCGACAGCGGCGUCCUGGACCACCGCCCACACGCCCGGCCGGACCCCCGGCGCUCUGACAGAACAGCUGACAGCACCGCCUUAAAUCAAACCAUGGAACCUUUUGAGAGAAUAGAAGGAAACCUUGAUCGUCACGCCGCUGGAGGCGGAGCUAACUCCUCCUGGCUAACGACUCCCACAGACCUCAGGUGUGUUUGUGGGCGUGUCCCUGCAGCGCUGGAGCGCCUCAGUCUGGCCUUCCUGCCGCCGCCCGCCCAUCGCUUCCUGUUCGGCCAAUCAGAGGAGUUUCCUGCGGCCCGCAUGGCGCUCGGCGCUCUGUUUGGGCUGCUGAGCGGAGCAGGGCUGUUUGUGGGCGUCGCCCACAGGUUCCCGCUGACCUUUGACCUCCAGCUGACAGCAGGAAGUCUGAUUGUUGUGUUGUGUAUUGUGGGCGGAGCAUUCUCCACCUCGUUCCGCUGCUCGGUUCUCCUGAUGUUUCCCAGCAUGCUCAGCUCUCGUGGCAGAACCUACCUGAUGCUGUUUAUCCUGUCUGUGCUGCACAGAGGCCCGCUGUGGAACGUGCAGCAGAACGUCGAGGCGGCGGCCGAGGCUCUGGGCUGCAGUCUGGACCAGCAGCUGCAGCUCAGCCGCCUCCUGUGGAGACAGACCCUGCAGCCCUACCUGCUGAUCGCCCACCACAUCCAGGACGACAGCGCUGACCUCCAGGCCGAGGCUCGUGGCGUCAGCAGGAAGUUCCAGAGUAUCAGAGACGAGGUGGUGAGGCAGUACGGCUACGGCGCCUUCCAGCCCCGAGCCGCCGCCGCCGCCACCGCCACCGCCACCGGAGGCUCCGCCCAGGAGCUGUUCACCAACAGGACCAUGAUGCAGUGCGACAGCGUGGUGCAGCAGGCCGUGCGGCGCUGUGUCAGCUGGUUCCAGAUCAGGUGGCGGCGGUGCCAGGAGACGAUCCGGGUCCCCAUCAUCAGCCACUUCCUGUGUGUCCCCAUGAAGUUCCACUUCCUGUGUGAUGUCAUCAGAGUCAUGACCACAUGGUGCAGGGAGCACGUCCCUGUGGAGGGAAACUUCGGCCGCUGGUUCGAGCAGCUGAACGUGUCGAUGGAGCAGCUGUCCAGAGAGUUCAGCAGCACGGUCACCCUGCAGCAGGAGGAGCAGCAGGAGGUGCUGAGCGGUGCUCUGCUACAGGAGUUCAGCCAAUCACUGAGCAGGAAGUUGCAGCAGUCGAGUCAGCUGAUGGAGCGAGUCCAGAGUCUGCUGCAGCUGCUGACCUCUGCCUGCUUCAUCAGCGUCUGCGCAGCGGCAUUUGGGUACUGCCGGCAGUACAGACGGAACAUUUUCUUCGAUAACGUCUACAUCAGCAGCUUCUUGAGACAGAUCGACGCCCACCGCAGCAGCAAGGUGAGGCGUCGACACGUUUCAGCCCAAAGAGAAAACCAACCUGAAGCUCCUUCAGCCCCUUCAGCUCCUUCAGCUCCUUCAGCCACAGCAGAGAGGAGUCAGCUGAUCGACCCCUGGAGUCUGAGGAUCAGCGCCGCUGAGCUCCGAGACCUGGUGGCAGGUGUGUUGCAGGCUGUGUGUGUGGCUGCGCUCUCUGUCGUCCUGCUGGCCGUCGAUGUGUCGCUGUUCCAUGUGCUCGAUAUCAUCAGCAGACACACUGUCACACAGAUCAACGUGACCGGCAGCCAUCAGGUGCAGAUGCAGGUGGACGGAGACUCCAUGAUGGCCCGCCUCCUGAGGAAGACCAUCGCUGCCUUCAACUCUUCAUCCAGCCUGCACGUCCACAGCAGCAGCCACGAGUGUGUGUCGGCCCCCUCCUCUCUCUCCUCAGGUGUGUAUGUGACGCUGGUGUGUUGCAUCCUGCUGCUGCUGCUCUUCAGCUUCCUGCAGGUUUACAGCAGCCGCCUGCGCCGCGUGGCCGCCGCCUUCUACUACCCUGAGAUAGAGAAGAGGCGAGUCUUGUUUCUGUACAAUCUGCUGAUCCAGCGGCGUCUCUCCUCCAUGAAGACCAAGCGCCCCCUCAGGCGGGGCGGGAGGUGCAGCUCGGUCUGCAGGUCCACCUGGCAGUCAGCAGCCGCCGUGAGACCAUCAGCGUGCUGCCACUCUGCCACGACCACUGCCACCGCCACCGCCACGACCGCCGCCGCUUCGUCAUCAGCUGGAGCAGGCAGGGAGACACCCUGCUGCUGAGCAGGUGGAUGCUGGAGCAGUGUGUAGCUGGACCGCACACUCAGGACUGAGGACCGAACUGCUGCGCCCCCUGCUGGCCCCCCGACCACCGCUUUGACA